AUGUUUUGGCUCCGCCGGUCAGCACAAUGGCUGGGACAACGACAACAAAGGAGCAUGGGUGCCUUCCGCAUGCCCAUGAUGGAUCCCAAGUUGGAGGACUACUCGCUGGUGGAUGUGGAGGAAGUGCGUCGCUUUAUUCGGGACUGCUUGAAGCGGAUUAGCGUCCCCGAAUCGAAGCUGCGAUGCAUCAGCGAAUUUCUUGUGGCCGCCGACUAUCGUGGCAUAUAUGGCAGCGGCCUCAAUCAGCUCGAUCUCUACCUGAACGACCUGCGCCAUCGUCGCGCCGAUAUGGACGCUGAGCCGGAGAUCAUCCGUGAGACCAUAGCCAGUGCUCAUGUGAAUGGUAACAAUGCCCUGGGCGUCAUUGUGGGCAACUUCUGCAUGGACCUGGCUGUGAAAAAGGCGAAUAAUUCGGGCGUCGGCUUUGUGGUGGCCAACCAGUCGAAUCACUUUGGAAUCGCCAGCUGGUAUGUCCUACAGGCGCUCGACCACGGCUACGCGGGACUAGUGAUGUCCAAUGGGGCGCCGAUGAUGGUACCGCCGCGCUCGAAGGUGUCCAGCAUUGGUGCCAACUGCCUGGCCUUUGGCGCCAGGGGACGGGACUCGUAUUUUAUGCUAGACAUGGCCGCCAGCAUGAAGGACAUUGGUUCCAUUGAGUGGGCCCUCACCAAAGACGAAUAUAUUCCGCACAGCUGGGCGGCGGAUGAGAGUGGCUAUUCCACGAGCUUUCCCAUGCUGGCCAUGCGAAACCCGCGCCUAGCCUCCGCGGGUGCCCACAAGGGCUACUGCCUGGCCGCCAUGAUUGAUCUGCUGUGUGGGGUCCUCUCUGGGGCCAACUUCUCCACCCAGAUUCCACCCUGGAAGUCGAAUGUCCAGAGCAAAAGUCCCAACCUUGGCCAGAUCUUUUUCGCCAUCGAUCCCGACUUCUUUGUCCCGGACUUUUUGGAGCGACUCGAUGACUUUAACGAGUGCAUCAAGAACAGCUGCCCCGUCAAGGCGGAGAACCCUAUCCAGCUGCCAGGGGAGCUGGAGAUGCGCCACAUGCAUCUCGUGGAGAAGUUGGGUGGUCUGCCCUACCACAAAGGCCUGCUGAAAAAGUACAGGUCCAUUGCCAGUCGUUACAGCGUCAGGCCCAUUCAGUUGUUCAGUAAGGACGAUUAGCGGAAACCGAUACACUAGGCCCAUUCUGGAUUACCUUUUUUUUCUAAAGAAAUUCUUUUUAUUUGCGCCAUUUUGGAAUAAAUGCUGCACAGC